AUGAGAUAAGAUGAUUAUUUUAGGGUGAUAGAGAAAGAAAAGAAAAAAGAAGAUCUUAGACGAUAAGAAUAGUUGAGAUUAGAGGAAGAUGCAAAGAAAUAAUAACAAGAGUAAGAGAAAUUGAUAAAAGAUAAAGAGGAAAUAGAUAGUGAUUCUAAAGAUAAAGAUAAAUCAGCUAGAGAUGAUAAAAGUAUUAAGGUGAAGAUUGAUGAGGCAAGAAGCACAAAAGAUUAAUAAUAGAACAAAAAAUUACGAGAUAAGAAAGGAGAUAAAUAUGAUAAAUAAUUAGAAAAUUUAAGACCUGAGUAAUUGGUUGAAAAUGAAAUAGGAAAACCUUAUUAUUUAGUGCCUGAUGAAACUAAAUUAGAAAUCAAUGUAGCAUUAUUUAAUGAUUUUAGAAAGAACUAAUAGAGAGGGAGGAUAAUAAAGUUAGAAGAUGGAAGGUGUUUAUAAAUGAAAUAAGAUUAGAGAAUUUACAAAAAGAAUAAUUAUCAGUUUUUCUAAAUUUUAGAAUAGGGUAAAUUGGCAAAACGGCUAAUAAAUAUGCAGAUGUGUCAAGUGGUGAAGUUUUUUUUAAAUCUGAAAUUUGUAAAGAUUUAAAAAGAAGUGAAGUAAAAAUAAUUAAAGUAAUGUUUGAAACAGAAAUGCAUCUAUCAUAUUAGAUGUUGAAAGAACGUUAUUUUGUUAUAGAAGUAUGGGAAUAUAGAAGAUUUCGAUUAAAUUUAUUUUUGGGUAAAAUUUAAGUUUCUCUUUUAAAUAUUGCAUCUGGAAACAUUAAAAGAUAAGAUGAUAUCAAGAAGGCUUUUGGUGAAAGAAGAUAAUUUGCUAGAAUAUAUUACAAUGUAUUAUUUUAAGAAGUUUGGGAUUAUAAAUUAACCUUUGAAGCUUGGAAAGGAGCAAAUAUAAUAGCAGAUUCAGGUAAGGAACAUGAUCCUAAAAUUCAAUUGACUUUAAUGACAGAGGAAUUAAUAUAACCAUAAGUAGAAUCAGAAUAAAUUAAGAAAACUAAGAAUCCCAAUUUUAGAAAUCUUAAAGGAUAUAUGCAUUUUAGAGGAACAAUGGAAGAUUUAACAUAAUAAAUGAUGAAAGUAACCUUAUUAUUUGAUGCUUUUUUUAAUAAAGCAGAAAAAUUAGUAUCAUUAAGAGGAAUUUAAGAUACAAAUUAUUUAAAAGUUUAAUUUCGAUUAAAACUUAAAGUACCUCCUCCAAGAGUUAAGAUAGCUAAGAAACCAAAGAAGAAGAAUAAAUAACAUAAGAAAUGGGAUGGGAAUGAUGAAGAUGAAGAUGAAGAUUUGGAAGAUGAUGAAGAUGCUCUAAGAGAUGAAGCAUACAUAGCAAUUAUUGAAGGGAGAGUAAAUUUAAAUAAAGUUCCACGAUAUUCUUAAAAUGGAGAACUUAAUACUUAUAUUCCAGAAGAAUAUUAUUUAGUUGUAACAAUAAAUAGAUUGAACAGUGUUUUAAGUCCAGAUGAUAGAGGUGUCAUUAAUACUUAUUUGACUGUUGCUUGGAGAGAUUAAGCUAAAACUACUAGAAUGAUUAAGAAUGAUCCAAAUCCAUCUUAUAAUGAGGAAUUAUACUUUAGAAUUCCUAUUCUAAGAAGAGAGAAGACUUUUGAAGAUAUAAUUAAUUAAAAAACAGAUAAAGAUUUACUAAUUGAUGCUUUACGUGAAGAAUUGAAAUCUCGACCAGAUAUUACAAUUUAAUUAUGGUUAGAUGGAUAAGAUAUAUUGAGCGAUGAAUCAUUAGGGUAUUGUAGAGUAUUUCUAUCUGAAAUACAAAAAGCUAGUAAAUUUAAAAAGACUUUAUUAACUGAUGAUAAUAGAAGAUAUUAAUUUGAUACAAGAGAAGCUACUUUUACUAAGAAAUUUGAAAGUGGUUUAUUUAAUGUUAGUCAUAUUUAAAUUACUUUUUAAGCAUUCUUUGCACCUGAUCUACCUGAAGAAUUAAAUCUUGAAGAAUUUUGUGAAGUUCCUGAUGAUAUUUAUCCAUAUUAAAUUUCAGAUUAAUUAUAAGUUAAAAAAGAUCAUGAAGAUAAUGAAGAAUAUCAAUAAUGGGAUAAAUAUGUUAGAGGUAAUUUUUCAUAGUUUGGAUUAGAAAAGACAGCAUAUAAUAUAUUCUUUAAAAAUAUUUUUGUUAGAGAUUAAUUCAAUUAUUAUCAUUUAGUAUGUAAAUAUUUGGAGAAAUUUUAUAUAAAAUUUUAAAGUGAAGAAGCAACAAAUGAAUUAUUUGCUAAUCCAAAAGAUAUUAGAAUGAAAAAUUUACAUGAAAUGUGUCAUUUUGUUAGAAAUAUACCUUUUAUUUAAGAUUCAUUUUCUCGAAAUGAUGUUUGGAGAUCUCCUGAUUUUUUAUUGAAAAUAAGAAAAGGUUUCAUUCAUGAUCAUGCAAUAUUGGGUGCAUGUUUAUUUAUGGGUUUUGAAAGAGAAGAUAGAAAAAGAGAACAUGAAAAAGAUUCUAGUAAAUAUAUUCCAUUUGAGCAUAGAGUUUUUAUAUGUUUAGGUACUCUUAAACAUAAUUCUUAAUUUCAUGCUUGGCUUAUGGUUUUUUCACAUGAUUUAUCAGGAAUUACUUUUUGGGAUGUUUAAGAAGAUUUUCAUAUGCAUUUAGAUGGAAGAGUUAGAAAAGAUAAAAGAGCAGCAUUAAGAAAGUUUUUAUAUGCUGAAAAACCAGUAACUAAAAAAGAUGGUGGAUUUGCAAUGGGAUUAGGAUUAGGAGCUUUAGGUAAUUUAGGAAAUAAAUAAAAAAAACCAAUGUCAAAGAGAAAAUAAUUAAUAGAAUAAAGAAGAAAAGAAAUUGAAAAGAAAUAAUAAGAAGAAGCAUAAAAAAAAUAAAAAUAAAAUGAAAUUUUAAUGUAAUAAUAAAAAGAAGCAGAAGAAAGGAGAAGAAAGGCUAGAAAUAAUGCAAUAUUUUAACCAGAAGAUGAUGGUAGAGGUGAAUAAGAUGAAUAAGCUAUUUAAACUAUUUAAUUAGAUUAAUUAAAGGGUAAUAUAAAAUUAAAAAACCCAAGAUAAAUGGGUGAAGUGAAAUAAUCAAAAGAAAGAUAGAGUGAAUAAGAAGAUGAAGAUGUCAAAAAAUCUAGUAAUAAAGGAGGAGGAUCUGUUGGAUAAAAAAAAACAUUUACAAAUCCUUUAUUUAUUUAUAGAGAAGAUCCAAAAUAAAGUGCAAUAGCUAAAAAGUAGGAAGCAGAAGAUGAAAUUUUAAGAGCUAAUCCAAUAGCAAAAUUUUCAAAAAUAGAUCGUUUUUUUGAUAAAAAUGGAAAAGAGUAAAAAAUUUAUUUAUAUUUUAUAUAGAGUUAUAGAUCCUGGAUAACUACCAUAUGAAACAAUUGAAAUUAUUUUUAAUAAUAAAAAUAUGUAAUUAUUUAUAUUUAAAUAGAUUUGGAAAUAUGGCUAAUUAAAAACCUUAAGAGAUUUUCUAUCAUUUACAUGAUAAAAAAUUAUGGUAUCCUUUUAUUAAAGAGACAGUACCAAAUACAGGAGACAAGGAAGAAAGUGAAGAAGAAGAAGAAGAUGAUGAUACAAAUAUAUAAAUUGAUGAUGAAGAUAUUGAAGAUUAAAUGAAAUAAAAGGAUGAAGAAUUCAUAUAAAAAACAUGGAAUUAAAAAGUUGGAGCAUUUUAUUCAGCUUAAAUUCUUAAAGAACCUAUUAAAAAAAAUAGAAUCAAAAGAUUAUUAGAAGAUAUAUUCAUGGAAGUUAAAUAAGGAGUUGAAAAAGCUAGAGGUAAAAGUUCACUUUUUACUAAAUGGAAACAUGAUUUAGAUGGAAUUAAUAAAAAAAUGGAAUAAUAUUUAAAAAUAUUAGAAUAUAAAACUACAUAUAGAACUAUUAAAGUUGUAUAAUAGAAACAUGAUGAUGAAGGUGUAGCUAAAUGGAAUCAUAUAUAUAAAAGUAGAAAUUAUGAAGAAAUCAUUGAUUAAUGGAAAAAAGAAGUUAAAGCAAUGUUACCUUUAAACACACAUUUAUGUCUAUUACCUAUGAGAUUUAAUUAUACUGAAGUAAUAAUCUUAUUAUAUAAAUUAUAAUAGUCAGAAAAAAUAAGAUCAGUUAUUGUUGAAAAUAUGGAACCUUUUUUUAUGAGAAGAGAUAAUAAAAUUAUAUUUAAUUUGGCUGGAAAGAUUUUUAAUUAUCCUAAUAGAGUAAUUUAUCAUAUUUAAAUAGAUUGUUUGUGUUAGAUUAAUUCUUGGAUAUUCAUAUUGUUAAAAUUUAGAUGAAAUUAAAAAAAAAGAUGAAAGUGAAGAUGAAGAAUAAGAAAAUUAAGAAGGUGAAAUUGAUAUUUAAAAACCAAUGCUUGAUGAUCUUGAUGCAGAUGAAGAUGAAAAUGCAGAUUUAUUAAAAAAGAAAAAUGUUGAUAAUUAAUAAUAGUGAAUGCUACACUG